AAUUUGUGUGUUGUUUCGUAUCGCCCACACACGGCUGCCCUUUAUCUCGGAGGAAAAUCUCGUUGUAGGUUUCUCUCAAAGAGAAAGAACCGUUAGCAUUUAGGCUGCGUGGGAAGAGCCCGGGGCCGAGAAGGUGGUGGCGCUCGGCAGAGAGGAUGAUGAAGAGGCGGUGGUUCCUCGCCCUCGGAUCAGGCAUUACUAAGUGCCCAGAGCACGGAUUUCAAAGCCUUUCCGGGCAUGACCUGCGGGGUUGCAGCCUUUAAGCACGCUUAGCGGAAAGGAAAUCCCCUAAGAUCAUUGGGACUUACUUCUGAAUGAACAUGCUUAGGACAAGGGUGUGAACGGACAUCUCGUCCGCUGUGCUGUUUGUGGAUGUGAAACGUGGCUGUGGAAAACAUCCGGCUUUAUACUGGAUGUGCCCCUGAACGUACACAGUGCCAGAUAGACACACAGACAUAUUAGGAUAGAUAAUGGCAAAUAUCCAAGAAAAUCCAAAACAACAGUUGAUUUCUGAGCUUCACAAUUUUGCUGCAGUUGGAGACCAAACCAGGCUUGUGGCUCUGCUCAGCCAUUCUCCAUCACUUAUCAAUGAAACGGCAAAGAAUGGUUGGACGGCACUAAUGUAUGCUGCUAGAAAUGGACACUUUGAAAUUGUGCGGGCUCUUCUUGAAAGGGGGUGUGAUAAGUUCAUAACUAAUGCAUCAAACCAGACUGCCUUGGACAUUGCUCGAUUUUGGGGUUACAAGAACAUAGCUAACUUAUUGUCUGAUGUAAAGGAUGGCCUGCAGCCAUUUCUCCUGACCAGUGAAGUCAGAGAGCAUGAAAACUAUUUUUCUAGGACAUUACUGGAUAGAAAGAGUGAAAAGAGGGUAGAUUCUGAAUGGCUAAACAUGAAACAGAAGCAGCCAACCACUGUUUACAUCAUUUUUUCAAAUUUAAGCCCAUUGGUCACAUCCGAUGAUGACAGUGAGGACAGUUUUCGCUUUCCAAAAACUAAACUUUGUCGGCUUUGCUACAAAGAUGUAAAGGAAUAUCUGAAACCAUCUGGAGCCAUCACAUUAGUUUUUCUUGGAGUAGAACUUCAGAGGAAAAACAGCUUGCUUCCAACCGUGCAUGGACAAGAUUCAAAUGAAAGUGAAGAUGAUAAGUUAGUGGCUUGGUUUGCUCUCAAGAUGGAUGCUGCUACUGCUGACAGAUUUCUACAGGAGCAUCCAGGCUGUUAUUUUCUUCAUCCACCAAUGCCUUCUCUGCUUCAGUUAUUUGAAUAUGAAGCCGGAGUUAUAGCACAGGCUAGAUCUGUUUUAGCCUGGGAUAGCCGGUAUCAGUUCUGUCCAACAUGUGGCAGUGCAACUAAAUUGGAAGAUGGAGGCUACAAGAAAUCAUGCUUAAAAGAAGAUUGUCUCAGCCACCAGGGAAUACACAAUACGUGCUACCCAAGAGUUGAUCCUGUAGUGAUAAUGCAAGUUAUUCAUCCAGAUGGUAACCACUGCCUUCUGGGAAGAAAGAAAACCUUUCCUCCACACAUGUAUAGUUGUCUUGCUGGAUUUGUAGAACCUGGAGAGACAAUUGAAAAUGCUGUUCGAAGAGAAGUAGAUGAGGAAAGUGGAGUUAAAGUGGGCCAUGUUCAGUAUGUCUCUUGUCAACCGUGGCCGAUGCCCUCCUCUCUAAUGAUUGGGUGUAUAGCAGCCGCAGUGUCUACAGAAAUUAAAGUUGACAACAUUGAACUAGAAGAUGCCCGCUGGUUCAGUAGAGAACAGGUUGUUGAAAUUGUCAGUAAGCGGAACCAGAGUGCUUUUCUUGUACCACCACAUCAAGCCAUUGCCCACCAGUUGAUAAAGCACUGGAUCGGAAUGAGUGCCAAUCUUUAAAAUCCAAGUGGAUGCAUCCUAUCUUGUAUCACAUCUGCCGGUGUCCAUAUGUCGGGAUGAAACUUGGUUCAGUAAACUAUGUGUGAUCAUAAUGUUGUAGUUUUAAUCCAUUAGUCCACAAAACAUAUUUGUAGAUGUGAUUUUUUUUCCUUUAAGUUUCCCAAAAUCUCCUACUGCUUAGUUUCUGAAAGAAAGGGGGGCAGGGGAAGGGAACUAAGAAUUUUUCAAGUUUCAGUCUCUUUUGAUUGUUUCAUUUCUGGUUGCUCUUGAUUUUAUUAGUGCUUUGUUUAUUUACAACUAUCUGAUUUUAAGUUUUCCAGGCUGUUGCUUUUGGCUUUAUCCCAUAGCUGAAAUGGUUCCAUCUAAAGUCAUUCAGCCAUUCCUCAAAGACCAGCACAGAGGAAAUCAAUUUUUCUGUGGUGUAAAAAAGCAUUACAAGGAACUCAAUUUUGAGGGCCUGCUGCUCCUGUGUAUUGCAACAGGCCCUCAAAAUUGGUUCAUGGAUACCUGUAUUUCAAGACUGUUUUUCUCACAGGAGAGUAGCAUUUGAGAUUGAGAAGGACAGUAUGUAAUCAGCAAAGUAUCCUCUCUGGGAUUUUACCAGAAGAUAGUACUUGCGGAUAACAUCCCUAAGCCUUGUGCUGCUGAAAAAGCCAUUUUGAAGUGAUUACUCAAAGUACAGUGUAUUCAGAUAACAUGCUGUUACAUCAUGUUGAGGUUGCUGUGCUUACAGAAAGAUGGCUGAGGACAGCAACCUUUUCCCUGCACUUGUCACAGGUGUGUAGUAUUUCUCAGCAGUGAUUUGGCCCAUGUGAAGUAGAAAGUGUCGACCAUUUCCUAACAUGCUUUUCAACACAAUAUGCUUAAUAUAUUGCAUAUAUUUUAGAGCAGGAAAGGAUAACUUGGAUGGAUCCAGGGGCCCAAUUAUCAUUCUCUGAUCCUGCCACAGGCUCUACAAAGCCCCACAGGGACUGUAAGGUAAAGGUAAAGUUUCCCCUUGACAAUCUGUCCAGUCGUGUCCGACUCUAGGGGACAAUGCUCAACACAACCCAUAGAGCAAGUGUUUGUCCAAAGACAGUCUUCUGUGGUCACGUGGCCAGCACAACUAGACACAGAAUGCCGUUUACCUUCCC